GAGGUGUUUCAAUUGGCAAAGAGAUAGGGAACGUGGCCUUAGCAAAAGAGAACAACCUUAAAUGAGAAACGACCAGUAUUCAUAGAUCGAAAACAGUUUACACGUCUCCUUUGGGUUGGACAACUUGCAAACAUGGCGGAUGUUGAUCAAGGAUCGGUCUUACCCAGCGAAACUUCACCUCUCAUUCUGGAUGGUCUGAAUUCUACCGACUCAAAUGGUACCGACGCUGUCAACGCGACUGUGGCCAAGUUUGUGGCGACACCGGAGGGAACGGCACUGGCAUAUGGCAGCCUUGUUUUUAUGGCUCUGUUGCCCAUUUUCUUCGGUGCACUGCGGUCAGUCAACUGUGGCAAAAGCAAGGUUGCUGGAGAAAAUGGUUGCGAUUAUGAGUACAGAAACUCCUCAGACAUGCCAGAGACCAUCACAGGCAGGGACGCUGCACGGUUCCCCAUAAUCGCCAGCUGCACCCUCUUCGGCCUCUACCUCUUCUUCAAAAUUUUCUCACAAGAGUACAUCAACUUGCUGCUGUCAAUGUAUUUCUUUGUCCUGGGGAUUUUGGCACUGUCUCAUACAAUGAGUCCCUUCAUGAACAGGAUCUUCCCUGCUAACAUUCCCAUCAAGCAGUACCAGUUGCUCUUCACUCAGGGCUCAGGAGAGACCAAAGAAGAAAUAGUCAACUAUGAGUUUGACACCAAGGACAUGAUCUGCCUGGUCAUCAGCACUGUGGUUGGGGUCUGGUACAUCCUCAAGAAGCACUGGAUUGCCAACAACCUCUUUGGCCUGGCGUUCGCCCUGAAUGGGGUGGAACUUCUGCACCUAAACAAUGUCAGUACUGGCUGCAUCCUGCUGGGGGGGCUGUUUGUGUAUGACGUCUUCUGGGUGUUUGGCACCAAUGUCAUGGUUACCGUGGCCAAGUCGUUCGAGGCACCCAUUAAGUUGGUGUUUCCCCAGGACCUGUUCCAGAAGGGUCUAGGUGCCAAUCAAUUUGCCAUGCUGGGUCUUGGAGAUAUUGUCAUUCCAGGGAUCUUCAUUGCUUUACUCCUCCGCUUUGAUGUCAGUCUGAAGAAGAACACCAGGACCUACUUCUACACCAGCUUCCUGGCCUACAUCUUUGGCCUGGGUAUGACCAUCUGGGUCAUGCACACCUUCAAACAUGCCCAGCCUGCCUUGCUGUACCUGGUCCCAGCCUGUAUUGGAUUUCCGGUGGUUGUAGCGCUGUUGAAAGGAGAACUGACAGAGAUGUUCAGGUACGAGGAAGUUUCUCCGGAAGAUGCUGCAGCGAAAGAAGAGGCCACAGAGGCUGAGAAAAAAGAUAAAUGACGACAACGUUUCCACGAGCUCGUCCAUCACUGGCUGCCACCACAUUUCACAUCAGCCCACCUCUCUACACAUCCUGGGAGGGUGUUCAUGUUUCCCAUGUGCCGUGCCGUACAUGGAAAUGGCUGAUUUAUUAAAUAACUGUUUUGACAUUGGGAUAUUUUGUAGUUUAAAAGUGGUUUGUUACACAAAUUGUACAACAGCUUAUCCGGUGUCUGUUUCUUCUAUAUUUUUUAGUUAUUUUAUUUCAUUUGAAAGGCCAGAAUUUUAAAAUGGAAUAAGUGUUGUUGUUUUGGGGGGGUUCUGACAUAUCACAGGAAGCUGAUUUUUUAUUUUUUUAUUGUCAGAAACAUUUUACUCUCCCAGCCUGAUUUAUUUGUAAUGAUUGUCUAGUUUGAUCUCUGUACCAAGUCCAUUCUUGGUUUUGAUAUACAAAUGCCUUUGUCAUAGAGAAUGUGAAAUAUAAUAGGAUGGUGUUAGAUGAGCGGGAGAUGAGUUUACGAUUGUCAUACACGCUUUACAUGGAAGUUAACCUUUGACAUGGAACUCGACCGUUGGUAUCUAUAUGAAUGGCACCUGGCUUCUCUGGUCUGGAAGUCUUUGGCUUCAACAAAGACAUCUAACUAUGUACUACUGUACUAGUCUCAAUGUAUAAUUGUGCCAAUUUAGUAAUGUGUGUAAUUACAUGGUACCUGACAUGUUGGUCAGUAUAGUGGUAAUAAUAGCUCAGAGUUCAGAUCAUAGCAUUAAGAAGUAACUGAACUUGGGCAAUCGAUCACAUUUUGAUAUUUUUAUGCACAUUUGCUAUGACACUACUAUUUACGUGAGUCAUACUCUGUCAUAUCAAAUCAGAGAAGUCUGUUAUAUGGAAACUAUAUAUUUAGUAUUGUAGUUAGAGGUCUCAUGCAGUGACUGAAAUGUACCUGCAGGUGGAGACAGUGUCAAAUGAACCAUGUCUCAGAGAGGAGACCAAAGGAACAAAUAAUUCCUCUUCUUGCUUUAGGUUGUAACUGCUUUGCUUUAAUAAUGUAUUUUCUUUCUGGCCUUUUGCAGUUUGGAGCAGUGCGUUUCAGGUUCAGAAAGACAGGGGAGAAGCUUUUUCAUUUUAGGGCUUUAAGAUUGAGCAGUUUUGUAGAAAUGUGUUUUGGUAAAGAUCAUGUCCACACUCUGCCUGGUGAAGUUCAGUAACCCUAUCAUUUUAAAGAAAUUUACGUUUUCUCUUUUUUUCUCCUAUUGUACUUGUGCAAGUCAAAGUUUAUGAGCCUGUGUUCAGGAGCCGAUAUCUAUUUUGUUUGCAAUAAAUGUGGGCGUAUAUCACCGUAGAGAACCAUAA